GACAACGGCGAACGCGCAUACCAACCACUCCCACGCAUCCACACUAUCUACAUUUCUGGGCAUACGAUCCAGCGGCCUGAGUAACGAUCUCUCUACAAGCGAAUUGGAGCGGGUCAAUUGGGCUGCUCUGCGGUGUUAGGGGCGCAUCGUACGACCGGCGAGUUUAUCAAGAUGGCGCAGCCGGCUGUAGGAGCGGAGAAGGCGCAGACGGCGAUUGCGACGGAUGCGGAUCCGACGAGAGGGAUGCCGUAUCAUGAUAAGUUGACGGGGGAGCUGAAGCAGGCGAUUAUGAAGAGGAGGGUGUUGGAGAGGAAUAUUAUGGCGCUGGAUGAGACGAUUUACAAGAAGGAGGGGGAGUACCUCGAGGACACGCCACAUGGGAAUGUGUUGACGGGGUUUGACAACUAUAUCAAGAGCAUAACGAGCAAUGCCGUUGGGAGGAGGAAGCAGGGCGUCAGCGAGAACGAUAGGGUGUUUUCGCGGAGCAGCGUCAGGCUGGCGGAUUUCAUGGAUUCUCCCGGCGGGCUGUCAACGCAGACUACACCUUCAGGGGCACCAACACCCAUUUCAGCUGGGUUUGGGAGAGAGGGGAGUGGGAAUGCGACGCCUACGAGCGCUACUGCUCGCGCUGGAAAGAAGAAGCGCGGAAAGGGGGAGGGGGACGAUAGUGAGAUGGAAGAGAGAGAGGGGAAGAAAGCGAGGGCGGGUGCGAGAAAGUAGAGGAG